AUGGCUCCCGCACCGGCACCAUCGGCACCUCCUCAGGCGCCGCCCACAGCCGGACCCUCGGCCUACAAGCGCCGCAGGAUCCAGCCCGACGACGACACCCCUCGCUACACCUACUCGGACGACGAAGAUGACGCCGACGAAUCGAACCGCUACAUCCCGCUCAAGCAGCGCAGGAUGCAGCAGCUCGAGCAGAUCCAGUCAAAGGUCCGCGGCGGCGCCGGCAUCGCGUCCCGGACAGGCCUAGGCCUGGCGGCGGAGACCGGCGGCGGUCCAGCAAAGCAAGGCGGCAAGGACGGUGGCGCCAAGCGAGGCGACAACGUCAAAGACGACGAAGACGACGACGACGAGGACCUCGGCGUGCAGCGCGCCAAGCACUCGCUCCUCGACGAGGCGCGGGCGCUGCGCGAAAAGCAGGCCGAGCUCGAGGGGGAAAAGACGCAGCAAGAAAAGGACGCCGAAGAGGAGCGCAAGAUCCUCGAGGCCCACGCCGCCCGCCGCAAGCUGGCCAGCGACAUGGAGCUCGCCAAGGGCAUCAACUAUUCGGAGCCGCUCAAGACGAGCUGGCGCGCCCCGGCCUUUAUCCGCAGCCGCACCGAGGACGACAACGCCAAGCUGCGCGAAAAGAACCACAUCCUCGCCGACGGCCUCGACGUGCCGCCCGUCAUCACCAACUUCCGCGACAUGAAGGUGCCGCAGUGCGUCAUCGACUACCUGGCCACCAAGAACAUUGUCAAGCCCUCGCCCAUCCAGAUGCAGGGCCUGCCCACGGCGUUUGCCGGCCGCGACAUGAUCGGCAUCGCCUUCACCGGCUCGGGCAAGACGCUCGCCUUUUCGCUGCCCAUCAUCAUGUUUGCCGUCGAGGAGGAGCGCAAGCUGCCCUUUACCCGCGGCGAGGGCCCCGUCGGCAUGAUUGUUUGCCCCUCGCGCGAGCUGGCGCGCCAGACGUUUGAGUCGAUCAAGGCCAUCGCCGAGUCGCUCGUCCAGGGCGGCUUCCCGCAGAUUGGCGUGCUGCUGUGCAUCGGAGGCAUCAGCAUGGCCGAGCAGCAGCACACGAUGUCCAAGGGCUUCCACAUCGUCGUCGCCACGCCCGGGCGGCUGCAGGACAUGCUCGAGAAGAAGAAGUUUACGCUCGAGUGCUGCCGGUACCUCUGCCUCGACGAGGCCGACCGCAUGAUUGACAUGGGCUUCGAGGACGACGUGCGCAACAUUAUGAACUUUUUCAAGCAGCAGCGCCAGACGCUCCUGUUUUCGGCGACGAUGCCGAAAAAGAUCCAGGAUUUCGCCGAGCAGUCGCUCAUCCGUCCCGUCGUCAUCAACGUCGGAAGGGCGGGCGCGGCGUCGCUCGACAUUAUCCAGGAGGUCGAGUACGUCAAGCAGGAGGCCAAGAUGGUGUACCUGCUCGAGUGCCUGCAGAAGACGGCGCCGCCGGUGAUUGUGUUUAGCGACAACAAGAACGAGGUCGACGACAUCCAAGAGUACCUGCUGCUCAAGGGGGUCGAGGCGGUGGCCAUCCACGGCUCCAAGACGCAGGACGAGCGCGAGUACGCCAUCCGGGCGUUCAAGUCUGGGCAGAAGGACGUCAUGGUGGCCUCGGGCGUGGCGUCCAAGGGCCUCGACUUUAACGAGAUCCAGCACGUCAUCAACUACACGAUGCCCAAGGAGAUUGAGGACUACGUGCACCAGAUCGGACGUACGGGCCGCAGCGGCAAGACGGGCAUCGCGACGACGUUUGUCAAUAUGAACACGGCCGAGCAGACGCUGCUGGACCUCAAGUACCUGCUGAUGGAGGCCAAGCAGCGCGUGCCGCCGUUUCUGCAGGCCAUCGAGGACCCGCGGGCGGCGGCGGGCGGCGGCUCCCUCACGGGCUGCCCCGUCUGCGGCGGACUGGGCCACGGCAUCAAGGACUGCCCCAAGCUCGAGGACAACCAGCGCCGCGCCACGGCCGGCUUCAGCCGCGGCGACGACGGCGGAGGGUGGUAG